CCCGGCGCCGGCGGCGCCCGCAUGCGCCUGCGCGUCGUCACGCUGGUGGAGCACCCCUUCGUGUUCACCAGGGAGGUGGACGAGGACGGGAGCUGCCCCGCCGGGCCCCUCUUCGAGGAGCUCGGCAACGGCUCCGUGCCGCGCGAGUACAAGAAGUGCUGCUACGGCUACUGCAUCGACCUGCUGGAGAAGCUGGCGGAGGAUCUGCCCUUCGACUUCGAGCUCUACAUUGUGGGCGACGGGAAAUACGGGGCCUGGAAGAACGGCCGCUGGACCGGCCUGGUGGGGGACCUGCUCAGCGGCACGGCCCACAUGGCCGUCACCUCCUUCAGCAUCAACUCGGCGCGGAGCAAAGUCAUCGACUUCACCAGCCCUUUCUUCUCCACCAGCCUGGGCAUCCUGGUGAGGACCAAGGACACGGCUUCGCCCAUCGGGGCCUUCAUGUGGCCUCUGCACUGGACCAUGUGGGUGGGCAUCUUCGUGGCCCUGCACAUGACUGCGCUCUUCCUCACCCUUUACGAGUGGAAGAGCCCCUACGGCAUGACGCCCCACGGCCGCAACCGCAUGAAGAUCUUCUCCUACUCCUCGGACCUCAACCUGUGCUACGCCAUACUCUUCGGGCGCACCGUGUCCCGCAAGACGCCCAAGUGCUGCACCGGCCGCUUCCUCAUGAACCUCUGGGCCAUCUUCUGCCUCCUGGUGCUCUCCAGCUACACGGCCAACCUGGCCGCCGUCAUGGUGGGGGAGAAGACCUUCGAGGAGCUCUCGGGCAUCCAUGACCCGAAGCUGCACCACCCCUCGCAGGGCUUCCGCUUCGGCACCGUGUGGGAGAGCAGCGCCGAGGAGUACAUCCAGAAGAGCUUCCCCGAGAUGCACGAGUACAUGCGGCGCUACAACGUGCCCACCACCCCCGCCGGCGUCACCAUGCUCAAGACGGAGCCGCCCAAGCUCAACGCCUUCAUCAUGGACAAGUCGCUGCUCGACUACGAGGUCUCCAUCGACUCGGACUGCAAGCUGCUCACCGUGGGCAAACCCUUCGCCAUCGAAGGCUACGGCAUCGGCCUCCCGCAGAACUCGCCGCUCACCUCCAACAUCUCCGAGUUCAUCAGCCGCUACAAGUCGUCCGGGUUCAUCGACCUGCUGCACGACAAGUGGUACAAGAUGGUGCCCUGCGGCAAGCGGGUCUUCGCUGUCACCGAGACCCUGCAGAUGGGCAUCUACCACUUCUCGGGGCUCUUCGUGCUGCUGUGCAUCGGGCUCUGCGGCUCCCUGCUCACCUCGCUGGGCGAACACGUCUUCUACCGCCUCAUCCUGCCCCGCAUCAAGCGGAAGAAGAAGUUCAACUACUGGCUGCACACGAGCCAGAAAAUCCACCGGGCGCUGAACACGGGCACCGAGGAGCAGAAAACUCAGCGGCUCGGCUUGGAGGAGAGACAAGCGGAGGCCCAGGAGGGCCCGGCCCGGCCGCAGGACGGUGACGAUUAG